GUGAAAAAAAAUAUAUAUUAAUGAUGAACAUUUUUUAAUACAUUUUUUUUGUAUGAAAUGAAAAUUUCAUGAUGAAAAUCAUUGGCACUUCAAACAUUUAAAAUGAACAAUUCGAGUAUUCAAAGAAGGAAUGAUGAAAAAAAAUGAUUCGGAUAUCCUCCCACUCUCAUUCGUACAAAACUACAAAACUUCAAACCUAGUUUCCACCGAAAAGAUGAAAAGAAUUAAGGACUCCCUUCCUUUGUCUAAUCAUCCUCAACCAAUUAACAAUUUUUCAUUGCACAAGGGUUUGAUAGCGACUUACUCUUCUUUAUCUAUUAUGAUUUGUGUACUCAUAGUGGCGACCGUUAUUAUGUAUUUCACUCGUCGAACAGCUAAUGGGGAAAAUAAUUUCUGUACCGGUUUUAACAUCCUUGGGACGAAUGGUAACAAAGGUAAAGCCAAGAAUAAUAAUAUCAAUAAUAAAGAAAGCCAGCGAGAUUGGAUUUCAAGUGGAAUAGAGUGGUUUAGAAAAAACACCAGUUCAAAGAGAACGCCAUCCCCCGAGGGAGAAAAGGAAGGUAAUACGAUUGUGCCGGGAAAGCAUUUUACCAGAUAUGGUUCGACAUCUUCUCAUUGCGGGAGCCCUUUGAUGAGUAAAAAAGGACGAGGCUCCUUGAGAAGAUCUAUUGUGGGUGACGUUUACGAUUUAAAGACUAAAAAGGAGGAAUCGAAUAAGGAUAAAAUUGCUGGGAAGAAAAUACUAGAAAAACCCAGGAAUACUCUAAGAAAAUUCACCAGAUCAUUUACGCUGGUAGAAGCGUCCCCAUCUUCCCAUCAUACAAACGGUAGUAUUCCUCUUGGAAUAUCUAAUGAUCAUUAUGCCUCUAAAAAAAGAUCUCCCAUAUUAGACUCCUCGACAUCGUCACAACCAAUUACCAGCCCACCAAUUAAUGAUACAUUUAAAACGAUAUCACUUCACAAGCCGAAGAAUACAGAAAAAAAAGAAACGUCUUCGGGAUACAUGAAACCAGCGAUUAAUAUUAUAGGCGGAAUGUUGCUUAACAUAGGAUACGGCAUAGGAGGGGGUGGUUCUUAUUUGCACAGUUUUUUCCCGGCUUAUUCCAAGGAUGUCAGCGAAAAUAUGGAAAAAGAAAAUUUUAUGAAGUUAGAAGCAGGAGAUUAUAAUCCGAAAUUCAAAGAGAAAUAUCAUCAUCCCAUCACCAAGAGUCAUGAAUGCCAAAAUUCUGACAUCAAGAAAGGUGGUACAGCGAUGUUAAACAAGACUCCUAUUUCUACGAAUUACUAUCCAGACGAUAUUAAGAAAAGAAGCCUAUCACUAACAAAUGAUCACAAUAUAUAUAAGUCUGGUAGAACUAUCCCCCUUAAACUCUCCCCUAAAAAGAAAACUAUUUACAGCGGCGUAUUAUCUCAGCACCAAUUAGAUGAUUACGACGAAAACAAUGACAUCGAUAAAGAUGUUAAGGAAAACGAGUUAAAAAGGCACUCAUCUCUUUUAGGCGCCAAACAUUUCCUCCCUAAACAACUCUAUCAACAUAUAAUGACUAUUCAUAAUCCUUUCAAAGGCAUGAGCGAUUCCAUUCUAGUUAAAGCCGACAAAAAGAAACAUUCUGGCAGCCAAGAAGAGAUUUUAUUAAAUAACAGUACCCCCAAGAAAGAUAGUUUAGGGGGUAAUUAUUCCCAACCAAAAUCUCCUCCAUCAAAAUUUUCGAUACCCGGAAACCCGCUGACAAAUUCCAAUUAUCAAAGCACCCUGGCGGCAUCCCAUUAUAACCAAUCUAAAUUUAAAGAGGAUAGCAAUCGGUUAGCAGAAUUAAACGCUUCAGGAGCCGGAGAAGAAGAGGAACAAGGGGGUUUAGGAACCAUUCAUUUCGGAUUAUCCUACGAUUUUCAAAGUCAAAAUUUGAUAGUCAAAAUUCUCCAAGCAAAGGCCCUGCCGGCUAAGGAUAUAACAGGAACCAGCGAUCCUUACGCGAGAUUAUUUCUACUACCUGACAGAAAGAGCAAAAUGGAAACCAGAGUCAAAAAGAAAUGCCUCAAUCCCAUAUGGAACGAAACAUUUUUAUAUGAAGGCUUUCCUUAUCACAAAUUACAAAAUCGCAUCCUGAACCUACAAGUAUUUGACUACGACAGAUUCAGCAAGGAUGAUCCUAUAGGGGAAAUUUUCUUACCUUUAAACGAAGUGGAUUUAUCUCAAUUUCCUCAUUACUGGAAAAAGCUCAUUCCUAUGGAUAAAUCAUCGAAAACAGGCGAGAUUUUGAUGACAUUCGUAUAUCUUCCAGGUCCAGGUAAAUUGAAUAUCGAUGUAAUCAGAUGCAAAAACCUCAAAGCCACCGACAUGAUUGGCUCCUCGGAUCCCUACAUAACCCUCUGGCUCCUAGAGAACGGUAAAAAAAUGGUUAAAUGCAAGACUCAAACCAAAUUUAACACGCUUAACCCGGUUUUUCAAGAAAGUUUUACCUUUUCCGUUCCCACCGAAAAGAUACGCCAUGUAUCCGUACUCGUAACGGCCAAGGAUUACGAUAAAUUUACCAGGAACGAUACUAUUGGUUCCUUCCUCCUUUCCUCUCGAAGUAGUCCUAUGGAGAUGAAACAUUGGAAAGAUAUGCUACUCAACCCCGGAAAACCCGUGACACAAUGGCACUUUUUUAAGAAAACUUGAAGCAAAACAUUACCGCGUUAAGGAAAAAAAAAAUUUUUCCACCCCAGUUUAUGUAAUUAUUCUUUUAAUGCAUAGAACAUAAGUUAUAUAUUUUUUUUCUUUGCCAAGUAAAAUAGGAGGAUAAUCUUUUUUUUUUGUGAAAAUUCAAAGAAUUGUUAUAUACCAAAGAUGAAAAUUAAAGUGCAUUAUUUAUACAUAAAAACACAUUCACUUAUGUACCUCAUUCAUGAUCAUUUUAUCGAUUUAAAUAUUUUAAAUUAUUUUAGUCAUAAUUUUAAAUCAUAUUUUAAAAAAAGAAUUAGUAUAAUUAACUCAAAGAAUAUCAUAAAAGCAAUAUAAUUUAUUCCUUAAAAAAAACUUCUCAAAAAAUAUUAUGAAAAAACCAGAAAAAACAUAUUAUUUUUUAACGGCAAGCAAAAAAUUAAUGGUAGGAUAGCGGAAAAUUACAAGAUUAUUUAAAAAAAAUAAUACAAUAUAACAUAAUUUUUCAUCUGAAACUUUAUUUUAGAGAACAUUAAAUAUUUU